UACCUUAUAGGAGUUACGAGUGUGCCGAAUUUUGUUUUUGAGAGAUGGGAAAAAUGCUGUUGGAUCCUUUUGAGUUCGUGGGGGUGACAUACAGUAUGUGCUUCUGGUUACUGUAAAAGAGCUUUAAUAAAAGGGAGCCCCCUAUCUAUGGAUGCAUGGUCUAAAGGUAGGAAGUAGAUCAUUUAGUAAAACAGGAAAAGGAGAAAUAAAAUGGACCUCCCCUCACAACAGGAAGUGCAUUACUGAGAGCUUUAUAAAAGGCAAACUGUCUCACCCACUAGCUGAUUAUCAUCUCCACAUCCUGCUUAUCAACAAACAGGCGUCAGACCAACACUCAAAGACAAGCAAACUGCUCAUCCUGAAAACAUGAAUGAGGAGGUGAUGGAGCAUAUAUUUUUACUGGUGCUGGUCACAGUGCUGAGUGUUAUGCAGAAUGCAUUGUUUGCUCAGAAAGUUGAGAAGGAGUGUAAGGCAAAUAAUGGCAAAUCAGCUGCAUUUGACCGACUGUCUUGUGCUAGUCGAAACUGCAUGGAUGCAUAUCCAACAUUCCUGGCAGUCAUGUGGUGUGCUGGAAUCUGUCUCAGCCAAGCACCAGCAGCAUUUGCUGGAAUUGUAUAUCUUGUGGCCAGACAAAAGUACUUUGUUGGAUACAUGGGACAGACAUCACAGAGCACCCCUGGUUUUCUGUUUGGAAAACGAAUCCUCAGCUUCCUGUCCCUCAUGUGUGUUGUGGGUGUCCUGAACUACCUGCUAACCACCUAUGGGGGCAAUGACUAUAAAGAGUACAUCCAAACCAUCACCAAAGCUGCCUCUACUCUUCUCCUAAUCCCUUAGUCAGCCGGAGGAGACCUGCUUUGCAUUUCGAUCCUUUGCUAAUAUUUUUUUACAUUUUUCAGAAGCAGCACAUUUACAGUUUACAUUUACAGUUACACAUACAUAGUAAAGCACUGAUGGUUUUAUGUCUGUUAAGAACUCUGUAAGCUGGUAGUAGGUUGGUUAUUUGUUCAAUGGCCUGAAGAACUGGUCAGUGCUGCUGACAUGCAUGAUUAAUAUCACAACUGCUGCAUUAACCAUACUCUAUGUAAAUUUUCUUGGUCAGUGAUUUGGAAACUAGCCAGACACUUGGUUUAAUAAACCAGCUUUCUUGUCAGGUAAAACUUUUUUGUUGUUCCAACAGCCUAAGAAGUUGUGUUAAAAUUAAUCUGCAUCAGUGACCAGUCUGACACAGUUUUUAAAGUCAUUUCAACUGCUCAAAAACUUAAAUCUUUUCAUGCUUUCUAUUUAAUGUAUCCUAUAUUGCUUUGGUUUACACAAUUACAACAUUCUAUUGCAUGUAAUAAUCAGGAAAAAUUGUGUCGUUAUUAUCAGUGUCAGGCCCAUGCAAUCCAUAAACUCCACGGCCUACAAACAUGGCCGUCUUAGACUACGCACCCCAGAAUCCACCACCACUAACCUGCUCCCAAUCUCCAGACUUCUGAUCACACACCUGUUCCCAAUCUUACACACACAUAAAAGAGCUUCUCAUUCCCUGAAAGUAAAUGCUCAGUUUGUCCUAGCACAACUGACUUUACCAAGCCUUUUGUACUGUGUUGAAUAUCCUGGUUUUUGGUUUUUUUUUUUUUUUUUUUUUUUUUUUUUUUUUUUUGACUCUCAUGUUUGUCUCUGCCUAGUUUACUCUGUUUGCUCAUCGCCUGACCCUUGCCUGUUUUUUUGACAUUGACUCUGCUUCACGUUUUGGAAUUAUCUGCAUAAUUCUCAUUAAAAUAAACUGAACUGCA